CCUUGGCUCCAGGAGUCUGGCUCGAGCGGCGCCCGCCUCUGGCCGCCUGGUUUGACCCAGCCUUGGCACUCGAUCGAGGCGCAGGCCAUGGGGUGCUGCAUCUCGACGUCGUCGUCGGCAGGCGAUGCCAGCCCCGCGAGCGCCAUCUCCAGCGCGGCCCUGGCGCAAGAGGAGCUGAGGAGAGCGGCCGACGCCCUGAGCCCAGAAGAGAGGCCACCACCAGCACAGCACUGGAAUUUCCUCGGCGGGGAGGAGUUGGUGCCGCUGCUCGAGCACACCACGCUCGUGGACGCGCACUUCCUCGUGGCCCUGGCCGAUGCGGGCGGCGUCGUGCCGCGGUGGCAGGAGCUCCCCGAGGCUGCGAAGAUCGGUCCGGCGAACGCCUGGCAGCUGCGCUGCGGCGCAACUUGUACUCGCAUCGACAACGAUGUUAUCCGUACCUCUGCAUUUCUCCCCAUCCUCGUCCUGAGCUACCCGUGGUUUGAUCGGACUCACCCGGACCGCCUCGGGGAAACCUUGCAGCGGGUCGCCCCCGUGCUGCGCGCAAUGCUAAGCCACACGAAGGAGCUAGCUCAGCUUGAACUGGGAUGUCUCCAACACGACCGUGGGCUCAGCUCAUACGCGACCGUGGGCGUCCUCUGGGAUUUCUUGUCCUUGCCGCAGAAGCCGCACAGGGACGACUCGGAGACGCAGCGGUUCAAGGCGGGCCUGAAGGCCAUCGACCGGUGGUACGCCCACCCGCACACCACCGUGCUGCUCGUGACCACGCCGGUGCCCAAUGGAGACGGCAAGUACGAGAACAGGCGGCCUUACCAGAACCGUGGUUGGUGCAAGUUCGAGCGCUCGAUCAGCAUGUUGACGAAGCAUAGAGAAUGCCUCCUGGACCUGGGCAAGGUCCCAGACGGAUGGGUCUGGGGCAGGUUCAGGGACUCGGAGGCUUUGCGUGUUCUGAGCGCGUCGCGCAGGCCGCCGUUGUCGCCGGAUGCGUUCGCCAAGCAGGUGCGCGCGGGCGUGCAGGAAGGCACCGUCGCCUUCACGGCUGGGGCUGUCGACGAGGAGUUCGUGAUCGAGCAGUAUCGCAAAGGGUUUAUCCAGGCCUACAACAGUUGGGGCGACACCUACAACAGUCUGGGCGUAGAACAGGGCGACAAGGUCAAUUUGACGAAUCUGGGUUGGGGCAGCGAUGACGCGUUUGUGCUGGCCGACGCGAUCAAGUACGCAGGGAUGCACUGCAGCCCCAAAAACACGGUGUUCUUGGACCUCCGGGGUAACAAUUUCGAUUUCCGUGCGCAAGAUGAAUUGUACCGAUCGAUGGUAUGGGAUGCGAAGUGCUAUAAGCGUUAUGCGGUGACCGUGUUGUGCUGA